GAGAGAAUGUAAAACGUGAAGGUAAAGUGAGAGUCAGAGAACAAAGCAGAAGGCAAAGAGGACUUUGUAUUUUCUCGUGACAUAAGAAGGGGUAAAGAAAUAGUAAAACAAGAAAGAUGAAGGAGGCGUUGGAUACAAACAGAAAAAUCUAUUAAGACUCAUAUUACUACCCACUCUUUUGCUCUGGUCGAUCUAGGUCUAUCACUGCUCUUCUUCUUCUUCUUCUUCUUCUUGUUUUUUCUCAAUCCAUACGAGAACCAAAACAAAGAACAGACAAAAAGGUAGUUCAUCUUAUAGUUGUACUGCAAUGGAAUUUUGAUGUGCUUUAAUUUAAGAAUCAGAACGAGAGGAAAUUAGAAAUCUUGUGUUCUGCUUAGAUGUCGUUACCAUUCUGUUUAAGGGAAUGGUAAUUCUUACAUCUCCUUUUGUGGAACGGGAAUUCAACUUCAGUAUCUCAAGGAAUAUAUCAAUUUAAAAUGGUGCAAUAAUCUGAAAUCAUUGAUCAAGUCUCAGGGUCCAAGUCUUGGCUGAGUUCAUGGGUAAGGAAAAUUUGCCACACUCUAACGAUGGAGUAACUGAUGGAGGUUGUUCACCUAAUGAGGGUGAUAAUUUAGGAUCUAACUCACGCCAUAGUCUAGACAAGGAGGCUGGCCUGCCAACUUGUCGUGUAUGUCAAUGUGCUGAAUCUGACAAAAGGGGAGAUGCUGCUCUAGGGUUUUUGGGUAUCAUUCCUCCAUUACAGGAAGCACGUAAAAGCAAUGGGGAAAUGAAGCAUGAUAGCACAGUAGUCACGAAAGAUGUUGAACGCAAUGUUUCUCUCAAGAAAAAUGCAGGAACAGAAUCUGGAUAUCUGGAGUUUAUAGGCCCAGAUGGGGAGGUUUUCAUCUGUAAUGCUGAUUUGGAAAGGGGUUCACAUCACAGCCAAGACACGUUGGUUGAGCUUGGUUGCUCUUGCAAAAAUGACCUUGCUCUAGCACACUAUGCUUGUGCUAUCAAAUGGUUCAUCAACCAUGGAUCCACUACUUGUGAAAUAUGCGGUCAUGUUACAAAAAAUAUUCGCACUGCAGACUUCAAAAAGGUUCUGAGCUCUUUGAAGGAGUAUGAAGCAUUGAGGGAACGGACUGCUAGUGGAGAACCCAAUCCAGCCCUUCUGCAUACAAGCGCUGAUGUAGAUCCAGAUGCUGUAGCAGCUAUCCGAAGACAGCGACUAAGUGAGAUUUCAUUGUGGUUUGGUCCACAUAAUAAUAACAAUGGUAAUAAUGCUGCUGCAGUUUCAGACGUUGUAUCUGAACAACUACCAAGUGAUGUACCUGAAGAUGUUACCCCUGCUGAAAAUCCUGCAACAAAGUGGGCUGUGGAAGGUACUGGGAUUUUGCUUGCAACGGGUCUACUUACUGUUACUUUGGCAUGGCUCAUAGCUCCUCGUGUUGGGAAGAAAACUGCCAAAAGUGGUCUCCACAUUCUUCUUGGAGGCAUUUGUGCUUUAACAGUUGUGGUUUUCUUUCGCUUUUUUGUGCUUACCAGAAUCAAGUACGGACCUGCACGCUACUGGGCAAUCUUGUUUGUGUUUUGGUUUCUUGUCUUUGGUAUAUGGGCAUCACGGACACAUGGUGCCCAUACAACAUGAUUUUGUUAAUGAUAAUAAUGUUUGUGCUUGUUAUUUGAUUUUAUUAUUUUAUCU